AUGGCAGAAAAUCAUGUGCCACCACCACAGAGGACACUGGGAGAUUACAUGACUCCCACAGUCAUUCCACCGAUUGGGAGUGUUGUUCGACCAACUGUGGAGCCUAAUAAUUUUGAGUUGAAACCUGCACUAGUACAAUUGGUGCAGAAGGAACAAUUUGCUGGUACCAGUGUAGAAGAUCUAUAUUUGCACAUUGAAAAUUUCUUACUGUUAAGUGAUACGGUGAAGAUCUAUGGUGUGACUAGAGAUGCCAUCUUAUUAAGGUUGUUCACUCAUUCACUGAAGGAUGAUGCAAGAAGAUGGUUACAAUCAUUAUUACCUCAAGGGAGUAUCGCAACUUGGGAUGAUCUUCAGACUAAGUUCUUAGCCUGGUUCUUUUCAGCAUCUAAGAAGGAAAAGUUGAAGGAUGAGAUUACAGGGUUCAAACAGAAAGAAUCAGAGUCUAUCUAUGAAGCCUGGGAGAAGUUCAAGACAUUUUUGAGGAAAUGUCCACAACAUGGAAUCGAAGUGUGGAAUCAAGCAGCAAUAUUUCUCCAAGGGUUGACAACCAACACUAGGACAUUGGUGAAUGCCACAACUGGUGGUUCACUAACAACCAAGACUCCUCAGAAAGCCCUUGACAUCUUUGAAUCUCUGGCAUCUCAAAAGUUUGACAAUGCUCCAGUUAGUGACAGAAGAACGGGAAUUAUAAAACUUGAUGGUUAUGAUGCUCUGUUAGCCAAGAAUGAUCAGAUGAUGCAAAUACAAAAACAACAACAACAACAGCUGGAUGCUCUCACUAAGCAGCUAUCUUCACAAAAGGUUGCUUAUGUAGAAACUAAUUCUGUGUGUGCAAUUUGUGGGAAAAGCCAUGUUACAGAUGAUUGUGAUUAUGGGGGAUCUGUUGAACAGGCAGAAGUGAAUGGGGUAUGGUAUGAUCAAAGGAAACAUAACAACCAGGGGCGAAAUGUAUAUGUUCCACCAUGGAAGAAUAAUAAUCAACACCCAGGAUUCAGUUACAGUUCUAAUCAUCAGUUGAAUCCUCCACUGCAUCCUCCUCCAUCACAUUCUUCACAACAAGGUGAUACUUCUGCUUGGGAGAAAGCUUUUUCCCGGCUAUCAAAGACCACUCAAGAUUAUAUACAAGGGUCAGAUUCUUUCAGGGAAGAAACUUUUGCAUUCAUGCAAGAGACAAAAACAUCAUUCAGGAACCAAGAAGCAUCCAUCCGGAAUUUGGAGACCCAAAUUGAAGAAAAAGUUAAGGAAGACAAGAAAGAAGAUGAGGUAGUUGUGGAAAACAAUUCUUCACCCAAGAAGUUGAUGAAGUGGGAGAAGAAGAAAAUGGCUGACAAGCAAGACCAGCCAGUUAAUCUAUCUACAUAUGCCAAAGUUCCCUAUCCUCAGAGGUUGAAGCAAGAAAUUCAGAAAUAA